GCCAAGGAGACCAGAAUAGAUCUGCUCACUUCCUUCUUCCAGAUCUUUAUGAUUCCCAACUGUUUCUGCUAAUUCCUGCUUCUCCGUCAACGAAUCCAAUUCAGUGAGAAAUAGCUACGGGAGAAGGGAAAUGGCUGCCGGUGGAUUCGUGAGUCGAGCAUUCGAGUCGAUUCUCAAAGAGUGUGGCGGAAAGAAGUAUCCCGAUCUUCAGAAGUCAAUUCAGGCGUACUUAGAUGGUGCAAAGGAAGUCAAACACCACCCUCCACCCAGUUCAGCAAGUCAAGUAAUAUCUUCAGUUGGUGGAAGUUCACUUGAAACUGAAAAUGGCGUGGAAAAAAGUGGAACUGAAACAGAUGGGUCAAGCGCAGCUCCACAAACUGCCCAGGAGAAGGGGAAUGUUGGUAAGCCAGUAGUUGUGAGUGGAACCAUGACAACUGCCUUAGCAAGUGCUGGUUACACAUUGGAAGGUGCUGAGGUGGAGCUUGUUUUGAAUCCUCUUCGGCUUGCGUUUGAGACUAAGAACUUGAAAAUCCUUGAACCUGCUUUGGAUUGUCUGCAUAAACUAAUUUCCUAUGAUCAUUUGGAAGGAGAUCCUGGUUUAGAUAGUGGAACGAAUGUUCCUCUAUUUACAGAGAUCCUGAAUAUGGUCUGCAGUUGUGUUGAUAAUUCAUCUCCAGACAGUACAAUACUUCAAGUGCUUAAGGUGCUUCUUACUUCUGCGGCAUCCACAAAAUUCAGAGUCCAUGGGGAACCUUUGCUUGGAGUUAUCAGAGUUUGCUAUAAUAUUGCUCUCCACAGCAAGAGUCCAAUAAAUCAAGCAACAUCAAAGGCAAUGUUGACACAGAUGAUCAGUAUCGUAUUUAGGAGAAUGGAGACUGAUCCGGUUCAGGUCUCCUCUUCGUCUAAUCCUUCCGAUCAUACAGAAGUUGCUUCUGCAGACAUUUCUAGUUCAAAUGCUGAAGAAACUUUCUCAGCCAAACAAAACGAGAAAGAAAUGGCUUUAGGAGAUUCACUUAAUGAGGUUAAAGGCACCACUAUUGCAUCUGUUGAGGAAAUUCAUAAUCUUGCUGGUGGUGCUGACAUCAAGGGUUUAGAGGCUGCACUUGACAAGGUGGUGCAUGUUGAGGAUGGUAAAAAGAUUACACGUGGGAUUGACCUUGAAAGUAUGAGCAUUGGAAAACGUGAUGCUUUGCUUGUAUUCCGCACACUUUGCAAGAUGGGUAUGAAGGAAGACACUGAUGAGGUAACGGUGAAGACAAGAAUUUUGUCUCUUGAACUUUUGCAGGGCCUGCUGGAAGGGGUUGGUGAUUCACUUACAAAGAACUUCCAUUUUAUUGACUCUGUGAAAGCAUACCUUUCCUACGCUUUGUUGCGAGCUUCAGUUUCACAGUCUCCUGUCAUAUUUCAGUAUGCUACUGGGAUCUUCUCUGUGCUUCUGUUGCAAUUUAGAGAAAGUCUUAAAGGUGAAAUUGGUGUCUUUUUUCCCUUGAUAGUUCUGCGGUCGUUAGAUAGCUCAGAAUGUCCAAUCAAUAAAAAAAUCAGUGUUCUUAGGAUGCUGGAGAAAGUUUCCAAGGAUCCUCAGAUGCUUGUUGACAUAUAUGUGAACUAUGACUGUGAUCUUGAGGCACCAAACCUGUUUGAACGCAUGGUUACAACUCUAUCUAAAAUAGCUCAAGGGACACAAAAUGCAGAUCCAAACUCUGUUGCUGUAUCCCAGACAACAUCAAUUAAGGGUUCAUCUCUUCAGUGCCUUGUUAACGUGCUGAAAUCACUGGUUGAUUGGGAGAGGUCUCGAAGAGAAUCAGAAAAGUUGGGGCAAAACAGCCAAUCUCUGGAGGAAGAGUUAACUAGAAAAUCUGUUGAGAUGAGCGGGAGGGAAGAUGUAACCAGUAAUUUUGAGAAGGCAAAAGCUCAUAAAACUACAACAGAAGCUGCCAUCUCUGAGUUCAAUAGGAAUCCAGUAAAGGGUGUAGAGCAUCUGAUAUCAAAUAAAUUGGUGGAAAACAAUCCUGCUUCUGUUGCUCAUUUUCUAAGAAAUACUCCCAGUCUAGAUAAGGCAAUGAUCGGUGAUUAUUUGGGCCAACAUGAGGAGUUUCCCCUUGCAGUCAUGCAUGCUUAUGUGGAUUCAAUGAAAUUUUCUGGAAUGAAGUUUGAUACUGCAAUUCGUGAAUUACUUAAAGGAUUCAGGCUUCCUGGAGAGGCGCAAAAGAUAGAUCGGAUCAUGGAAAAGUUUGCAGAACGAUAUUGUGCAGAUAAUCCAGGUCUUUUCAAGAAUGCUGACACUGCAUAUGUUCUUGCAUAUGCAGUCAUAAUGUUAAAUACUGAUGCACAUAACCCUAUGGUCUUGCCAAAAAUGUCAAAAUCAGAUUUUAUACACAUGAAUGCCACAAAUGAUCCCAAGGAUAGUGCCCCUGCGGAACUCCUUGAAGAGAUCUAUAAUUCUAUUGUGAAAGAAGAGAUAAAAAUGAAAGAGGAUAGAGUUGGUAUUGGAAAAAGCAGCAGACAGAAACCAGAAGGUGAAGAGAGAGGCCGUCUUAUUAGUAUUCUUAAUCUGGCUCUCCCCAAGACAAAGUCAUCUACAGAUGAUGCUAAGUCAGAGAGUGAAGCAAUUAUUAAACAGACACAAGCUAUAAUUCUGAACCAAGGAGCAAAAAGAGGAGUUUUCUACACUUCAAAACAGAUUGAAAUUGUUCGGCCCAUGGUUGAAGCAGUUGGAUGGCCAUUGCUUGCUACUUUCUCUGUUACUAUGGAGGAAAGUGAGAAUAAACCAAGAGUUGUUCUCUGUAUGGAAGGAUUUAAAGCUGGAAUACAUAUUACACAUGUUCUGGGAAUGGAUACCAUGCGCUUUGCUUUUUUAACGUCACUGGUCAGGUUUACUUUCUUGCACGCACCAAAGGAAAUGCAUAGUAAAAAUGUGGAAGCAUUGCGUACUCUGCUGAAUCUAUGUGAGUUAGAUCUAGACUCCCUUCAAGACACAUGGAAUGCUGUUCUGGAAUGUGUUUCUCGUCUUGAAUUCAUUACUACAACCCCUGCUAUUGCUGCAUCUGUCAUGCAUGGAUCAAAUCAGAUCUCCAGGGAUGCUGUUGUUCAGUCCCUGAAAGAGUUGGCAGGGAAACCUGCUGAACAAGUUUUUGUGAAUAGUGUCAAACUACCCAGUGAAUCUGUUGUGGAGUUCUUCAAUGCACUUUGUGGUGUAUCAGCUGAAGAGCUGAAACAAGCUCCGGCUCGUGUUUUCAGUUUGCAAAAGCUUGUUGAGAUCAGCUAUUACAAUAUAGCUCGUAUACGAAUGGUUUGGGCUAGAAUAUGGUCUGUCCUAGCAAAUCAUUUCAUUUCUGCUGGGAGUCAUCAUGAUGAGAAAAUUGCUAUGUAUGCAAUAGAUUCUCUCAGGCAGCUUGGAAUGAAGUAUUUGGAGCGUGCUGAAUUGGCCAAUUUCACUUUUCAAAAUGAUAUUCUCAAACCUUUUGUUGUUCUCAUGCGGAAUAGUCGAAGUGAGACCAAAAGGCAUCUAAUAGUUGACUGCAUUGUUCAAAUGAUAAAAUCCAAAGUUGGAAACAUAAAGUCUGGAUGGCGUAGUGUUUUUAUGAUUUUCACUGCUGCUGCAGAUGAUGAUUUAGAGUCAAUUGUUGAAAGUGCAUUUGAGAAUGUUGAACAGGUUACAUUAGAACACUUCGAUCAGGUAGUUGGAGAUUGCUUUAUGGACUGCAUCAAUUGCCUUAUCCGGUUUGCUAAUAAUAAAUGUUCCCAUAGUAUAAGUUUGAAGGCCAUUGCACUUCUCCAUAUAUGUGAAGAUCGUCUAGCUGAGGGGCUUCUACCUGGUGGGGCUCUGAAGCCAAUUGAUAUAGCUGCUGACACAACUUUUGAUGUAACUGAGCAUUAUUGGUUCCCAAUGCUGGCUGGUUUGUCUGACCUAACAUCAGAUCAUAGACCUGAAGUCCGAAGCUGUGCGCUUGAAGUUUUGUUUGAUUUGUUGAAUGAGAGGGGUAGCAAGUUCUCAACAUCUUUUUGGGAGAGCAUUUUCCAUCGUGUUCUUUUUCCCAUUUUUGAUAAUGUGAGAGAUGCUGGAAAGGAAAGCUCAAUUUCUUCUGGGGAUGAAUGGCUACGUGAGAAUAGCAUUCACUCGCUCCAGUUGCUAUGCAACCUUUUUAACACUUUCUACAAGGAUGUAUGCUUUAUGUUACCGCCACUCUUGAGUUUGCUGUUGGACUGUGCUAAACAAACAGAUCAGACUGUCGUUUCAAUUUCUCUGGGUGCGUUAGUGCAUCUCAUAGAGGUUGGAGGACACCAGUUCAGUGAGAGUGACUGGGAUAUGCUGCUGAAGAGCAUAAGAGAAGCAUCAUACACAACACAACCACUUGAGCUGCUCAAUGCUUUGGGUUUUGAUAGUCCAAAGAACCCCUCGGUUGUAAUUAGAGAUUUAGAAGUUCAUACAGAUGGUGGAGUAGAUACUCAUCAGCUUGAUAAAAGUGAUAAUGGAAAAAUUUCUCAGCCAGCACACCCAACUAUUAGUGAUAAUGCCACUUCAAGUACUAUUAAUGCAUCUGUCUCAGAGGAACACAAUCAAGAUUUUGGGUUGCAGUCUAAUAUGGAUGGAUCUGAAGGUAUUCCAUCACCAUCGGGUCGAUCUCAGAAAGCUGCUGAAGCUGGGGGCCUACAAAGAAGUCAAACUAUUGGCCAAAGAUUUAUGGGAAAUAUGAUGGACAACCUCUUCCUCAGAAGUCUCACCUCAAAAUCUAAGAAUCCUACACCAGAGAUCUCAAUACCUUCUUCUCCAACCAAGGUUCCUGAGUGUGUUGAACCUGAUACCAGAGAUGAGGAAAGUCUGUUGAUGGGAACUGUUAGGAGCAAGUGUAUCACUCAAUUAUUGCUUCUUGGUGCCAUUGAUAGCAUUCAGAAAAAGCAUUGGAGUAAUUUGAAAGUGCCACAGAAGAUUGCCAUAAUGGAUAUCUUAUAUUCCUUGUUAGAGUUUGCUGCUUCUUAUAAUUCAUAUUCUAACCUGAGAAUGCGCAUGCACCUUAUUCCUGCUGAAAGGCCGCCUCUAAAUAUUAUUCGCCAGGAGUUAGCAGGAACCUCCAUAUAUCUUGAUAUCUUACAGAAAACAACUUCAGGAUUUAUUAACAAUGAUGAAAAACAUCUAGAAUCCCCUGGCUCUAAAGAUGAUAAAAUUUCUUCAGAAAGCAAUGAUUCAAGCUUCAAUGAACUCUCUGAUGCAGAAAAGAAGAUAGAAGGAAUAGCAGAAGGGAAACUGGUAUCUUUCUGUGAACAAGUACUCAAGGAUGCAUUUGAUCUCCAGUCCAGUGUUGGGGAAACUACUAACAUGGAUGUUCAUAGAGUUCUGGAGUUGCGCUCUCCAAUCAUUGUUAGGGUGCUGGAAGGCAUGUGCUUUAUGAACAAGAAGAUUUUCAGGCAACACCUGAGAGAGUUCUACCCGUUGCUUACAAAACUCGUAUGUUGUGACCAGAUGGAAAUUCGUGGAGCAGUUGCUGAACUUUUUACGGUGCAGUUGAAAGCUCUCCUACCAUAAUUAUUAUUCUUAUAUAAUUUAUAAGCCAUUAUUUUCAAGCUGCUUGCCAUGAACAAUUAUAGACAUUCAGUGCAUAUACCUCAGCAAAGGUCUCCUACGAGAGAAUUUCCGGCGAAUUCAUUCUGGGAAGGCGCGAAAUUGUUUGCCCUAAAUUGUUACGGUUCAGCUGCUGCAUAAGAAUUAGGAGGCCUACUGCCACUACGAACUGAGCUUAAUUUGGGAUUUACAGCCCACAACCGGGAGUUCUUUUACAACGCCCGUCGGAGUUUAGUCGGCCUUUUUUUUAUUUUUUCUAUAGUAUUAUUAUUUGAAUUUGAUGUUUAUAAAAUUUUUUGUUACCA